AUGUCUGAAUUGAACAAGUCUUUGAAUAAUGAAUAUUCUUCAAAUUUUAUUGGAGACAAAGUUAGAAUCUUCAUUCGUUCUCCAACAACACCUUUACCUGACGGUUAUUUUAUAUUAACAAAUCCUAACUCUUCAGUUCUUUCUUUGAAACAAAUAAUCUUUAAAACUCACCCUGCAAAACCUGCGAUUAGAGAUCAAAAAUUAAUUUAUAGAGGAAGAGUAUUGGGCGAUAAUGACCUUAUUGAGAAUGUCUUGAAAGACGGACUUGAAACAGACCAAACUUUUCAUUUGGUUGUUAAACCAUCUUUUCAGGCUAUCGCAGAAACUACUGGUAUACCUAUAUCCCCUCCUAACUCUCAUCCGACUUCUCAAAAUCACACUUCGACUUCUACCCACUUUUCUCAAAUAACCAAUUCAGUACAACAACAGAGCAUUCCUAACACUAUCCAAAAUCCUGGUUAUAUUUAUAUGCCUCAAAAUCAUGCUCAAUACAAUCAUUCCGUUACUCCCUUAGAUCCUUCACAGAAUCAAUCACUGCAACCAUCACAACAGCCAUUUUCAAUUCCAAUGGGAUAUUAUUAUGUCAUGAUUAAUGGAUUGCCAUAUCUUGUGCCAAUUCAAUAUUCUCUCCCAUAUACAUAUUCUUAUCAAAUUAUACAGACACAACCAAUAGUUCAACCGCAACCAAAUGUUGCCCCAGUAGCAGAACAUCAUCAUGAUAAUGCCGCAAGAAAUCAAAGAAGAGCAAAUACGUUGUUGCUGGUCGUUAAACUUGGUUUUCUUGUGUACAUUUUUUCACAAAACGCUAGCGCGGAACGAAUGAUAUUAUUGUACAUUUCUGCUUUGGUAUAUUUCCUGUACCAAACGGGGCGUCUACGAAUAGUGCGGAGACGUAGAAGAGUUUUGGUCCCAGUUCCAAAUGAAUUUUUUGUUCAACAAUUACCACAAGUUGCAGCAGCAGCAUUCCGAAAUCAAGCAGGAAUUCAACCAAGGCCAGAUG